UAGUAGCGCUCGGCUUGGUAGCUGGCAGAAUAACGCGGGAAUUACAUUGCUUGACUGUGGGUUCUGUGCUGCUUGUGCCCUGGCGACUGCCUAGUAUCGCCGUAUGGCCGCGGAAAUAGAUCCUGAAAGCGAAGCCCUCGUUCGGCAGCUGCAUCGCGAGCUCAACGGCCUAACCCGCACCUCCCGCCGCGGCGGAGCGCCGCACCCCAGCAGCGACUCCAGGCUCCCACCCCACCCGCGGGACAAGGAGACGCGCUCCGAGGGGGCCGGCGGGGGCGGGGGCAAGCGCUCCCGCCAGGACCGGGAGCGAGACGGCGAGGGCGGGCGCAGCGGCGGCGAGCACCGGCGCCGCUCGCCGCCUCACGGCGGGCACGGGCAGGGGCAGCAGCGCCAGCGGCGGGUGCAAGGCCUGGACGACAGCAGUACGGAGGAGGGGAAUGGCUCGGACCGCGACGUAGGCACGCAUCCUCGACGCGGAGGAGAAGCAGGAGGAGGCGGGAGGGGCGGGGGCCAGGCGGGCGAGGAGGAGGAGUACGAGUCCACGCACACCACGGCCACGCGCAGCGGCUCCGGCACGCAGUCGGGGUCGGGGGCGCCGCCGCCGCCGAAGCGCCACAAAGCAGGUGGCGGCAGCCGGGACGACGCCAGUGCGGGCGAGCGGGAGGCAGUAGCCGGGAGGCCACAGCAGAAGCAGAAGCAACUGCAACAGCAUAACCCCUCCAGCCACCCGUUACAGCAGCAUGAAUACCAGCCGCUGCCAGCUGGCCGCGACAAGGACCGCGAGCGAGGUCGCGAAAGUGACCGGGACCGGGAAAAGCAGCGUGACCGGGGAAGGUCAGAGCGGGACCAGGACCGAGAUAGGGACCGUACGCGGGAUCGCGAACGGGACGGCGAACGCGUACGCGAACAGGAGCAGCAGCCGCGAAACCGCGACCGCGAGCGUGAUCGCGAGCGUGAGCGGGCACGCGACAGGGACAGGGACAGGGACAGGGAGCGUGAUCGUGAUCGAGAGAAGGACAAGGACAGGGAGCGCGACCGGGACCGCAACAAAGACGGGGACAGGGAGCGCGACCGGGACCGCAACAAAGACGGGGACAGGGAGAAGCACCGCUCUCGUGAGCGUGAGCGGGACAAGGAGCGUGACAGGGAGCGAGACAGGGAGCGGGAGGAGCGCGGCGGUGGAGGCGGCCAGGCGCGCAAAGGCAAAGCGGCGGCGACCCAGGAGGCCGGUGGCAGGAGGGACGCAGACCUCCGCGCUCAGGCCGGCGCCGCUGCUGGCGGCGCUUGUGGUGCUGGUGGUGCUAGUGGUGGCGCCGCUGGCGCUGGUGGGGCUGGCGGCAGCGGUGCAGCUGGCGAAGCAGUAGAGGCGCACAGGCAGCAGGAGCCGCAGGAGCAGCCGCCGGCAGCGGAGACUGCGGCAGCGCCUGCGGCGCAGCCGCCUCCCCCACCUCCUCCUGCGACGCCGCUGGAGGCCGCCGCAGCCGCGGCUAGCUGCGCCGUGCGGGAGCAGGCGCGGACGUCGGGGCAGGUGCCAGACCCUCGCAGCGUCAAGGUGUUCCACGCGGGCGUGCGCUGGGGCCUGAGGCUGCCUCGCGCGGCGCUGCAGACGCGCGGCGACCUGGCCACCGCACUCAACGACGCAUUCGCCGGCGAGAUCCUCAGCUGCGGCCGCGGGGAGACGCUGCACAUACUGUUUCUGGAUGCGCAGGGUGCGGUGACUGAGUUUCCCUCGCUGCGCGGCCCCAACGGCCAGCGCGGCAAAGACAGCGCGUCCAAGUGGCGGCUCAUGGUGGAGAGGGCAGUCAAGAUCUACGUGCGCCGGUAGCAGCUGGCAGCAGGCAGCGGCAGGGCAGCCGGCGCAUGCGAGCGAGCGAGCAAGCAGCCACUGAGGGUGUUCAGCGCCUCAAGGGCUGAGGUUGGGGUGACGUGCAUGACGGCGGGCUUGCUCUAAGGGAAUGUGUGCGCUGCUGCGGGCACGUGGCGAGGUUGGGAUGCGGGGCUGGUUAGGGGGUUGAAGGGCUCCAAGCGUUGUGCCGGGGUUCGAGACCCUCAUGCGCUGCUGCGUCAUGCCGCAGCAGGGCGUGUCGUGCGGACGGGAUGUGUGUGGUGUCACUUGAUGUGUGAUGUGUGGGUUCGGCUCUCGACCGUUGGCAUUGAGGAAUCCACCUACCAGCAUCCGAGGCAUGAAAUGGGAAGGCGGUGAGGAACGAUCAAAGUAGUUCAGGGCUCACAAGGAAAUGUGCAAGGUUCGAUGAUUCAAUUUGUGGCAUGGGAGCUGCCGAAGUGCUGCGCAGCUGUAGUGCUCAAGUGCCUGCAGACACGUGUGCCAGUGUGCCCUGUGUGCCGUGCACAUGGUGGAGGUGGAGGUGUCGAGGUCGGCUGUGUGUGCGUGGAGCGAGUGUGUGGAGUCGAUGAAGCAUGGGCAGAGGUGGAGGGACUCAUGGGUGCGCUGCGGCAGGUCGUGUGCAAGGGCUGGUGUAUUAGGAAUAUGUGCGGUGGGAGGAGCGAUGGCAGGGGAGUAGCUGGGCCGCGAGACGUGCGAGUUCUGUUUUGGGACGAUCGCGGGAACUGUCCAUGCACACAAACGCGGCGAGACCCAUCGGUCGGAGUCCAGGAGACCAGGACUCCUGGCCAUACACCGACAACUUAAAAGUGCACAAACUGCCAAUUGUAAUAUUGCCUAACA